AUGCUCCAGAGAACAUUAAGACUACCCGCCCUCCGCGGCGCGCUCUCGUCCCUAUCCCCCUCCGCCACCCACAACAGCCUACUCCCGCGCAUAACCUCCCAACUAUCGCAUACCCGCCUCCUUUCGCAAGAAGUACGCUCUGCAAUCGACAGAGCCGUCGCCUCGGCACCGGUCGUGCUCUUCAUGAAAGGCACGCCCGAGACACCACAGUGCGGCUUUUCAAGGACGAGCAUCCAAAUACUGGGCCUUCAGGGCGUGGACCCGGCCAAAUUCACGGCCUUUAACGUGUUGGAGGACCAGGAUUUGAGGAAUGGAAUCAAAGAAUACUCCGACUGGCCGACGAUCCCGCAGUUAUACGUCGACAAGGAGUUCAUCGGCGGCUGCGACAUCCUGAUCAACAUGCACAAGGACGGCAGUCUGGCUGAGCUCCUCGCGCAGAAGAAGGUCAUCGUCACCGAGGAUGGCGAUGAGGUCGAGCACACCGAAGCGGGAGGCGACAAGGAAGGUGGCGACGUCGAGGGACAAAAGGCCGGGGAGGUAAGAGCUGAGACGGAACAAAGUACAGGAGGACGGAGUAAGGAUGCCAAGGGCGAGAGUUCGUGA